GUCAGCACUACAAGUAUGCGUAAACGUUUGCUUCUGGGCAGGUUACCAAAGUACAGGAGACUUGUUUUGUAUUCCAUUAGCCUAUCCAUUUCUCUGUUAGUUUCAUAACUUUAUGUUAUUGAAUAGUUUGAAAAGGCACACCUUGAAAGCAACGGAUUAGACUUUCGGUGGUUUCGGAGAAAACAUUCCUGAAAUCGGCCGGGUUCUUCACUAAGGCUGUUGGGUUAUCGUACAGGCGUGCGUCUGUGUGCAGCUUGCGUGUGGAGUGCCAACUCUCUGCUUGCUGCGUUGUGCUUGCGUCUCGCCUUGGUUGCCUACGUCGUUAUAUGACCAGUUGCUGCCUAAUUACAACUAGUUAACGCUAGUCUAUUGAAGCGGGGAGGUACGGCACUCCCGUCACUUUGGAGACCUUUGCGGCGUGGAAGGCCCGCUACGACGCGGAGGUGGCUGCCGCGCGCGCCAAGGCGGCGGAGGCGCUCAAGGAGGACGACAAGGCGCGGCGGCUCAGCGGCAAGGCAUGGUUCCUGCGGCAGGCUGCUGAGGGCGCUGAUGCGGUGGUGGGCGACGACGAGGCGGGUGUGCUCAGCGAGGACGACGAGGAGGACUUUGAUGAUGCGGAGGGCGCUGCUGAGGAGGAGGAGCUGGUGGAGGAGGAGGACGAGGAGGACGACAUCGACUAUGAGGACGAUGACGAUGAGGGAAUGCUGGACGAGCUCUGACAGGGGGGAGAGCCGUGUGUGGGCGGGCGGCCAUGCUGCCGCUGCGGGGCUGGCGGUGGCUGCGGAAGCGGCUGGGCUGCUGCUGGGUGAUUUCUGCUGCUGCUUAGUCGCAGGAUUUGCUGCUCGGAAAUUUGUGUUUGCGAGCGAGCUGGUUUGGUUGCUUGCUCGUGUGGUGCAACUGCAGUAGCGGGUUGUGUAGUGCAUGCGGGAUGGGGAGUGGUAGCGCGGGUUCGUCGGACGGCGGAUAAGUCUGUAGGCGGCGGUCACCAGAUGGGAGGCCUUGUGCUCUGCCUCGAGGGUGCUGGUGGUCCGGCGCAACUCCAGGGAGAGGAGGCGUGCUGUCCACACAUGUGCGCGUGUCAUACCUUCCUGCAAGGAGUCGUCUGGGAGGCGCUGGUAGCUGCUGCUGCGGGAGGUGCGCUGAGUGCCACACUGGGGGCGUGGGCAGUGGAGGGCUGCUGUGUGUGUUCGGUGCAGCAGCAGCAGGUGGGAGAGGUAACGGGUCGGUCCCGCUGCUGGUUGCACGGCAACAGCAUGGAGGCAAUGCAGUGGCGCGCCGCUACCGGUUUGCCUCGUAGGAGCUGUGACAGGCGGCUGGGUGGUGGACUGGUGAGGCAAGCAGGACAGCAGCGGCAGCGGCUCGGCCGUCCACACGUCUUGCACGUGUGCUGGGGGCAGCGAUGGGCUGUGGGACGGUUCCGGUCUGCUGCGGUACCGUUAAGCACGGCUGCCCGGGCCCGUGGAGAGGCGGUA